UCUUGAGUUGCGUGUCUAAUUAGCGUGUUAAGUUCCUAUCCCUGGGUGAUUUUUAGUAUUAUAAUAAGGGGAAAACUCAGUGGAAAUUCAUCACUGGGUCUAUCUUGGCUCAGGUGGUUGGGUUUUCACAGGGGAGUGUCCAUCACUUUUGGUGCUGGAAAGUUAGCACAGUGUCUGAACUGGAUCAGACUCGCUGAAAACUGGGUCAUGGGCUUGUUUGGAGCUUGGGGCUUCUGGCAUUUGGCCUUAGUUUCUGAUGGCAAGCAGCACCUGCAGACAUUGCUAGAAGACUGGGUUAUUGUGGCUUCUUAGCCAUUUCCUGGGUGUGGGGGCCCAAGUCUGGUGCCUGUUCUGUCUCAGCACUCCUUCCUCUAGGUGGCUGUAGCCCUGUGCCCACCGGCCUGCUAGAUUGGAAGACCUUGUGCAGUGAGCAACAUGCACAACUCUAUACAGCAAACCUGCUGUCUUAAUUUCAUAUCUGUGAAACAGCAAUGCCACGUACCUUACCACCUAUCUCCUAGGAGUGUUGUGAGGAUCAAAUGUGUAACAGUCUGACAAGCGUUAGCUUUUUACAAGUGUAAGAUACUAAGAAUGAUCUUUUUGGCUAAACAUACUUUUAUAUUUCUUUUAGUCUGUAUGUAUUUUUUUUUCAAAGGAAGGCACUUGGCAGAAGGGACAAUCAUAUGAGGAUCUCUGGGAAGCAUUUAAUCUGAUUUUUCACAAUGAAGAAGAUUAGGUACAACACGAAGCAGAAUGGUGCAAACAGGAAGAGUACGGGCUCUGACAUCAGCCGGGGGGACCGAGUGCUUCUAGCUGUCUGAGAGGAGUAGUCUGCAGAAACCUUUACCAACUUGGAGUAAUAAAGAGAAGAAAGAACAGGAAUAAAGUAUCCCAACCCCAUGGAUAAAAAUGUCAUCUCUGUAAUAACUGUGGAGGAAAAAAGAGAUGUGUCAACAGGGAUCAUCUAUAGAAAGAGGAUUGCAGUCUGUCAGAAUGUGGUUCCAGAAAUUUUAAGGAAGGUGAGCAUUUUAAAGGUACCUAGUAUCCAGUUGGAAGAGGAAUCGUGGCUCAAUCCUCAGGAAAGAAACAUGGCUAUACGGAGUCACUGUCUUACAUGGACACAGUAUGCAUCCAUGAAGGAAGAGUCUGUCUUCCGGGAAAGUGUGGAAAAUCCAAACUGGACAGAGUUCAUUCAGAGAGGCAGAAUUUCAAUUACAGGGGCUGGCUUUCUCAACUGCAUUUUGGAGACUUUUGCCAGCACAUUCUUAAGACAGGGAGCCCAGAGGGGAAUUAGAAUAAUGGAGAUGCUGCUAAAGGAACAGUGCGGUGCCCCCUUAGCUGAAUAAAGAAUCCGCAGGGACCUGUGUUGUCCUAAUUUGCUCAAGAAUCACUUCUUGGCCCCAACACAUCACUGAUGCAGUUUUUGAAAUCCAACUUUAAGGAUACACUGUUGGCAGCUUCAAGAAGAGGAGACCCUCCUUCCAGGACAUGAAAUGAUACACUCCCCUGGGAGCUUGCCUCAGAUAGUGGCACUCAUGGACAUGAGACCUGCUAGCUGGGUUUUUAUGGCACAGUCUCUUUAUGAUUUACAAAUAAAGGAAAAAAAAAAAAACCAUAGAAGGUGACGUCUGCCCUUCUUCAGGAUGUCCUGCUGACUGCCUGGUGACAGUGUCAGGGAAGCCAAGGACAGGCUGGAGGCCUGGCGAGUGGUGCUGGUGCCCAUAUGUUAUCAGCCUCAUUGCUCAUGGGAUUCAUGAGAAGAUUCUGGGACGGAUAAAGGAGUUAAACCUGAUGCCUGAUGCAUGAGUGUCCUACAACAGAAAGGAAUAUACCAGGCCAGUGUUGAAGCUAAGCUACACUUAGAGUAAUGUUUGGUUCUCAGAAAUUGAGAGCAUUUAAUGUCUACCCAUAAGUACUACUUAACUGUCACCAGUAUGGCUUUUAUAAUGUAACCUGUCCACAGUAUGAUUUGGUCUCCUGAAAGAACAUGGGUUGGAGAGCGGGAAGGCAGGGGAUGACUUUGGCAUUAUGUGAUAUGGAGCGCAGCAUGAACCUCUCUGUGUUUCCCUGGCAAGUGGGGCUACCUGGGCACAGGUGUUCUGUGUAGUGAUGACUAGAUAAGGAAGGGAGUUUAGUAUGAAAAGCACAGGUUUGGGAAUUUGACAGAACAAGUGUUACCACCCACUAGCUCAAUGAUUGAUCAUCUACAUAAUUUUCAAUUUUUCCAAAGCUCCUUCUUUUUCAUUGCACAAUGAGGUUAUAGAAUUAACUUUGUGAGGUGGUCGGAUCGAUUUGGGAUUGUGUAUAUAGAGUGCCUAGUAUGCUACCUGUUGCAUCGUAGAAGUCUAGUACUUAGACGCCAUUACUGUGUGAAACCAUUUUGAAAAUGUACUUUUCAAAUGUAAUAUGAGGUAGUAUUACUGUUUGAAAAUUAGGUGACAGUAGUUUGCAUUUACCGUGAUUGGAAGCCAAAAUAUAAGUGCACACUACCUAAUAGGAAGCUUGAAGAGAGGCAGUAAUUUGGAAUUCAUCUGCUUAAGAUAAAAAUUGGGCCAUUACUGGAAAGUCUUGGGGAAAUUGUUCUUUUUUUUUAAUAUUUGAAAAUUCUUCCACUUAGUGCAGUGAUGAAUAUCAAAGCAAUUUUAUUUUUUAUACAAGCCUGCCAUUGUGAGCUUCUUCUUACUGUAUUUGAGCUGUUUGUGCUGCUCGAGUUCUGUCUCUUAGGAUAAUCUCUCCUCAUUUUCUUAGUGUCUCAUUCUUCAGGUGUGUUGGAGAGAAAAUGAAUGGUAGAAACCAGAACAAAACUUUGACUUCUUUUUCCAGUUUGUCAGCGGCAUUUGGUAGGCUUUUGGAAUAAUAGCCCAUUUCGAAAAAUAAAAGGCGAUGUAAAUGAUCACAGAGGUGAGAGGUUAGAAAUCCGUAUGACACUGAAAUAAACUUAAUGCAUCCUACCCAACAGCCUACAUCCUCUGAAGCAGGAGUUCUCAGCUUUUGGUGUUCAUUAGAAUCACCUAGGGAACGUUAUGCGCUUUUGCUGAUGAGGGUACAUCCUAGAGCAAUAAAUACAUCAGAAUCUUGGAGAUUCUGGGUGGAACCCAGGCAUCCAUCCAUACUUUUUAAAGCUCCGUAGGUGGUUCCCAUUGGUAACUAGGGAUGCGAACACUAGACUGAAUUCUUGGUGAUUUUCAGACAUUAUCUGAUUUCUUUCUUAACACCUCUGAGGUAGGAAAGGAUAUUUGUAGCAAGAAUUUUUGUUGGAAAUACAAAGAGUUGGGUGCAUGGGUAGCUCAGUCAAUUAAGUGUCUGACUUUUGGUUUCAGCUCAGGUGAUGGUUCAUGAGUUUGAGCCCCGCAUCGGGCUCCACACUAACAGUGCAGAGCCUGCUUGGGAUUCAAUCUCUCUCUCUCUCUCUCUCUCUCUCUCUCUCUCUCUCUGCCCCUCCCUGCACUCUCUCAAAAUAAAUAAAUAAACUUAAAAAAGAAAUUGAAAGAGUGAAGCAGAAAGAGGACGAAUUUUUGCUAAUUCCUUAAAACCAGGGUGGCCAGUGCAAAUGGCUUUGGGGACCUGGCAGGUGAUCUGAUGAGUCAGGCAGGCUGGUGGCGCCUUGGGAGACCCUGGGAACACAUGUCUGUUUAAAGGUGGACAGCUGCUGCCCAGCUCUCACACACUGUUGCCAUGUGGCUGUGUUUUCUAGUUAACUCUAAUUUCCUGUUUUAUAGGAAAAGACAGACUUUUUUUUAAAGAAAAGAAUUCUCCCAAUUUUUACAUGCUGGCAGUAAUUCAGAAUUGUUUAAAACAUUGUGCUGGCCAAACCAAACAUGUUUUCCAGUAGUUUCCGGCCUCUGCCUCAAGAGUGUCAAGGCCCAGCCUAAACAUCCCAGUCAGUUUUUAAUUGAUUUGCAUUUCCCCACUCUGGAUGGAAGCUACAUUCUGUCUCUUCUCCAAGACUGCUUUGAUAUGUAUUUUCCUCCCAUUCCCAAGAAAUCCUCUGGAGUUGCUUCAGACACUUAUCCUCUCUCAAUAUUUUUUCUUUUUAAGCCUUCUGCAGGCAUCCAUUACUUCAAGCUUCACAUAUAUGUGUUAGAAUUAUUAUGCUCUUUUUAACAUUAAUUAGAGCUUGUUAGAAUUUAUUUUUAUAAUAUGUCAGAAUCCUUUUCCUGUGAGAAAACAUUUAGAAAUGUCAAAAUCAGGAGUACUGCCUUCCUGGGCAUAUUAGGAACAUGUGGGAAGGGGUUAAUUCACAGACCAGGCCAGUCUCCUCCUGACCUGGUGUGGCUGGGCCUAAAUCUCGAGGCAAUGAUUUUGUCCAGUGAUUCCCACACUUCUCCUUGAAUCAGAAAUCCUCGGGGGAGGUGUGCUAAAUGCAGGUUCCCAGGCCUUCCGCCAAAGAUUCUGAUUCAUGAAAUCUCAUUUGGGACCUAGGGGAUCUGCCUUUUAAAGCAAGUUCACCAGGAGAUUCAGCUGCGCUGUUCCACAGACCAUAUUUUGAGAAACACUGAUUUCGGGACAGCGUUUUUGCCCUCCGUGUCUCCUAUCAUGCAAAAAGGUUUUACAGUCAUUUGGUCCCACUGAUCAAUACAGUUGACCAUUCAGGACAAAACAUAAAGUUCUUAUGCUGAGAUGGACUGACUUUAGCUAUCCUUAUGUGAUUAAGGUGCUUUUACCAUGAAGGGUCUUUUAUGGUUUCAGUCAUAUGUGGAUAAAAAAAAGGUGCUCUAUUCUUUUUAUAUAAAUUGCUUUGUGUAUUUUAUAAGCAGUGUAUAUGUAGUAAUGUUCUUUUUGUCAGACAUUGUAGGGUGCAUGGUAUAGACAAGUCGAGGUUAUUCUUUUAAGUUGCACGUCUUUUUUUGUAUUUUAAUCAUUUACACUGUAACACUUAAUUUAGUAUAUAUUUCCCUGCUUUUACAAACAAUCUACUAAAAAUAAUGAAAAAAAUUAAGGUCAUCACUUAUGUUUUUCACUCUUUCAGGUCCUAUUUGGGUUUGUUAAAGCCCCUACCGUGAAUGACUCUGCUCUUUGAGAUCUGCAGUGGUUUUUGCAGGGUGUGUUUUCACUCACUGUUAACUGUUACCUUUCUCUCUGCCAUUACUCUCACCUGCCUCUAGGAACCCUCAUCUCCUUCUUUAUGGGGCUGGGAAAUUAUAUCAUUGCAUACUCUAUGUCCAGUAACAGUAAACAGAACCUAAACGAGGCUCUGAGAGACUUUUUUCUGAGGACAUGCUGCCUUGACUUGGUGAUGUUAUUUUACUGUAACUUCCUGAUUCUCAACUUCAGUUGUCAAAUCUUUGACCUCAAGGUAAGUGAGAUGUUGCCACACAUGCUUUCUUUUGAUCUAGAAGUCAUUGUCUCCGUCAAUUGUGUAAGUGUUUUUAUAUGUACAGUUGUAUAAUGUGAAACAUAAGUUAAAUUCAAAUGAACAUUUCUCAGGCCCCUUUUUUGUGAGGUAUGAAGUAUUUUUGAUUCAUUGUUAUUGUGAUUUAGAGCUAUAAAUGAGUAGUAUAGCUCUGAAAUUCAGUCCUGUAGACAUUCUGAAAUAAAGUUUGUUAUGACUCAUACUUAUGCAUGAAUUUUACUUUCUUGGGGGGGGGUGGUGUCACUUGACUCAGCAGAGCUCGUGUGUAUCAUUGGUAGUGAUGAUCCUAGUCCUUUGCAACAGCCCCAGAUGAGGCUGUUAUACCAAUCGUAUGAUGUCAGCUCCCCGCUUCCCCCAAGGUGAGCCAUUAAACUUUCUCCCAGCAAUAAACAGAGGCCACUUUUAUUGGGUGAUCUCAGCAGGCUUUGGGCUAAUGGAGCCAAGGUCCGGGGUUGACAGGAGAACUGAAGCACAAACAGCAACAUGAGGUCACGUGAUCCCCCAGAGGGAGGGGGCACAGCAGCUCCUUGUCAACUUGUGAGGCUCAGCUCUCUUUUCUGUACUUUGUUUCCAUGAGAUCCUUUCACUUGUCUGCUUUUUACCUGGGUGUAUUUGAGUGGCUUUCUGUGCCUUGUUUCUAAAAUGCUUUGUCCAAGCCCUAUUGAUGUCUUCCUUUUAUUAGAGCCUGGGUGCCUUAAGGAGUAGACUCCUUAGUUCAACCAGCAUUUAUUGAACACCUAUUAUUAUGUUCAAGAAAAAAGCAGGAUUUAUCUUGUUCUGACUCAAUCGAGGGGUUUCUAGGAGGCUUGCAUCUUCAUUAUACAGACAUAUGGCAGCAGUGGGUAAUGAUGGUAAGACUGGACACACGUACCUGCUGAGUAAAUCAAACAAUGAUUGCUUAUUUAAAGGAUACACGCACACACACACACGCACACACACACACACAAAAUCAGCCCAGGGCACGCAGUGCGGAGAUCAGCACAUAAAUGUUUAGCUUGGUGGCCCUGAAGCCUCACCAGCAUAUUGCACGGUUGUGGAUGAUCCUGUGUGAAUUAGUGAGGGGCACAUCAUAAGAAAUGAAGAUAUUUUUGGGAAGAUAACCAGUUUUCUGUAGGAGCAGCCUUACAAAGAGAAGGGCAGAGCUGCCCUGCAUGAGCCCGUCUCCUCAUCUGAGCCACAUAGAAACUUCACAUUUCAUAAUGAUUGCUGGAUAGAGGAUAUUCAGGCAUAAAUAUCUUUUACCUUCAGGAUGUUCUGACUAUUACAGCCUGACCCAAGCACAUUUCUGAAUUCAGGGCUGCAGGAUCAGCGUAGUGUUUUCCUGAUAUCUGGGUGGGGCCUGCAAACCCCAAAACCUUCACGCAAUCAUUGGACAGACUGAGGCAGGUAGAGAGGUGGAAUCCUAAGAAUGACAAACCCAAUGUGAUGGGGGCUUGGAAUAGAAAUUAUAUUAACCGAGUGGAACAAUUUAUAGAAAUUUAAAAUGUGAUAGUUAAAUUUUUACAUUCAGUAUUUCUUACACACCUUGACUGCCAAUCAGAACCCUCUGGGUAGCUUUAAGACAUACUGAUGCUUGGGUCUCAGCCCCAGAGUUUCAAGACUGUAGCCCUGGCAUCAGGAUUGUGUAAAGCUCCCCAGCUGGUCCUGAAGCCAUGGAUGGAAAUUCCUACCAUCGUCAGAACUAAUGUCUGUUUUUCCCUGAGUGGGAGCCCUUAAGAAGCUAGCAGGAGGAGGGAUGGUAAUAUGAGACCUCUCCCUUCUAGUGAUUUGCCUCUAGGACUUCAGAAAACUACUUUACUGUCCAAGAAAAAAGAGCCCCAA